GUCGAUAUUAGGGAAACUUUCAAAAUUAGACGCCUAGUCUGGCAUAGCAGACUGGAAUAUUUUUGUGGAAAAUCAUCAGACAGGGUUAUGGCGACUCCGGUGAAGCCAAAUGUGCCGCCGGCAGUAGCAGCGAGGCCUGAAGAGACUAAAGUGGCCCCAAAGCCGCUAGAGACGACGCCAGCAUCGUCUGUCAGCUGCGUCAGGCCUGCCGGCCAAACCAAACUCGUGGCCGCCGCCCCUGGCUUGGCCUCAGGUGGCGUGCAACCUGGCAAGACAAGUGGGUUUUUAGAAAGCGCGUUGAAGAAAGCCGAGCUAACAAGCCCGAGUUUUUCAGUUCCUACGGCUCGCAUUGUCACGCACCCUCACCCUGCAGCCACCACAUUAACUCUUAUUGGCUCAGGACAUAGCCCAGGACUCAUUCGACCUGUGGCCACUGCCUCUGUCACCAGCUUUCACAUCUCGAAAGCGGUAACGGUUGCUCCUUCAAGUCGCAGUGUUGUGACCGGUCCUAUCGUGACGGGAUUUACUCCAGGACCGCUGAUUACUGCAACGGCUAUCCCCACCCAACCUGCCAGAGUUAGAGCUCCAUCAGGAGUUCAGGUGACUGCGGGAACCAACUGGAUCAGCAAAGGCCCAAGUGGUACGCCAAUCGCACAACAAGCGCGCAUCACCACUUACCCCCUUGGCCAGGCGGCAAUCAGACCAACUGGUAGCCGGCCACUGGUAGCAACCCUGGCCAAGCAGGACCUGUCGACAAUCCGUACACUCACACAGGUAGACAAGACAAAAGCGCGUCCCACAGCGAUAACUGGUGUGACGGCAGGCACUCUGCCCCUCACCAAAGCCACAGAGGUUGCUCACAUGGCACCAGUUGUGGUGACUUCGGCAAAAACGGUUGUUGCCACUUCACUUCCAAAGGGGCCAACAACAGGACCUGCCAUCCAAAUUGCUCAUUUAACAAACAUCAAAGGUGCCACUGGAGCGGCUCGAACUCCCAUCAAUACCUUCACUCCAACGCCCACUCAGGUCAAGGUAUUAGGCCCAGCUGACUCCACUUUACCCAACACUGCCCCCGCUACAGUAAUCUCAUCAGGAAGUCUGCUUAUUCACAACACAAUAACCGGAGAGCGAACUACAACUGGACCAAACUACACACUGCCGGCCAGCUAUUUCUACGAACCAGGACAGCAACUUGUUACCCCAGGCCAGGCGAGUCGGAUUGUAAUGACACCAGUGACUACAACCACUGCAUUGCCCAUUAAGUUUGAGGAAAAGAAAACUGUGCCUUCAGCCCCUAUGUUGACUGAAGUGUGUGCGCCUGUCAAGGCCGAGAUUCAGGAUGAGCCCUCAGAAGAAAGUGGAGCAACCACUCCACUGGGCUCCCCUACCAAACUUUGUGCCUCGCCACGUCCUAGCAUACUUAGAAAACGGGAUCACGAAGGAUCUCCUGUGAAAAAUUUGAAGAGCGCAGUUCAAGCUCUCAAUUCGCCACCUGCAUCCCCUCCUCACCACAGCAAACCAGAGUCGGAUGAUGGAAAAGAUAAUUCUUCUGGCGGAUCAUCAACUAUUUCAGCAACAUCCAGCCCAGGUCUGCUCGAUAUUGAAAAUAAUAUGGCAAGCGUAAAAACAGAGAUAUUGGACACCCCAGAUGCCCCUGAGCCUGUGUCUCCCAGGAAGAAGCCAAGAAAACAGCAACUAACUGGCAAUGAACUUCAAGAGGUUGUUUCCCCUGAGGAGCGCGAGGAAAAGAAGCCCAAGGCGAUCGGUGUGAGACGGCGUAGCGCGAUUUUGCUUCCAAACUACAGGACCAACACAAAGUUAUGCCACAAUCAUUUCCAUCGGCCUACAGACGUCAGAGUGCGUGAGGAGCGCCGGCCAACUGUGGGUGAGCUGUCUAGUCAGCGCGGAGUCACCGAGAAAGCACGUGGCUGGAAGCUGUAUCAUCUUAGCACACAGAUGGAAAUCAUGAGCGAGAGAGAAUCUGAAAUCUUGGGAAGACUCAGCAGCAUGCUGGAUGCUGUGGAGAGCAGCUCCGUGUCAUCAGUGGACACGGGUAGAACCUCUGAAAUGAUCAAGACAAACAUGCAGCGCAGCAAGGUUGUACGUGGCCAGCUAGAAGAUAGUCGCAGCCAACUGCUCAAGCUGCUCGAUCACAGCUCACCUGUGCUAGAUAUUAUCACGAAAAACGCGAACAAACGCCAAGCCAAGAAAAUAAAAAACUGACUGAAUGCAGCAGCUUAUUUUUUUUGUUCACGUGUGAAAAAUGUGUCAAAUAUUAAUUUUUCACUCAGAUUGUUCAUUAAUGUUUAUUGGAUUCUUGUGCAGUAUAAAUUCAUAAGUCCUGAACUAAA